CCGCCGCCGUCUCUCCCUUCUCCCACAACCGCCGCCGUCUUCUCCCUCCUCCCUCCUCCCUCCGACCACCCCAACCGGACCUCCCUCCUCCCGAUGGCGUCCCUCCCUCCCCUCUCCCUCCCCCCGAUGGCGUCCCUCCCUUACCCCUCGCCCCCGCCGCCAACCUCAGCUCCCCGCUCCAAGUAUUCCUCUGCCUUAACUUUCACUUUUUCCAAUUGAGCAGCAGCAAGCUUCAAUGGUGCCUUUUAACAUUUGCGUAACUGGGGAGUUGGUGAAGAGGAAAAGAGGGAGACUAAGAAAAUUCGGACCAGAUGGGACUACUUCAUUGCCAUUGCCGCCUUCCCUCUCCACUCAUCCCGGCACCACCAUCCAGCGACGAGGCAGAGGCAGGCCCCCUGGCAGCGGCAAUCAGAAGGAGACGGCCACUCAGCUCCCCGCUCCCCUGCCUGCCGCCGCCAUCACGAUUAGGAACGACGUCAACGUCAAGAAGGAGACGGUUUGGAUCGAGGAGGAUGAGGAGAAUCCCGGUAGUUUCCUCGUCGCGCUCACCAUCGUCUCUGCAAUUGGAAGGAGGAAUUCCAUUGGAAUGGUAUGUUUUUUUUAAUGGUAGUCUUUUUUUUUUCAGUAGUGAUUUUUUUUAAAUGGUAGUCAUUUUUUUCGUAGUGGUAGUGUUAUUGUCGUAUUGGUAUAGUUUUUGUCGCAUUGGUAUUAUUUUUGUCGUAUUGGUAUUGAUUUUGUCGCAUUGGUAUUGAUUUUGUUACAUUGGUAUUGAUUUUGUCGCAUUGGUAGUGAUUAAAUCUGCAAUGGUAUUGAUGUUUUGUGAAAUGGUAGUGUUUUUAUUUCUUGAAUGGUAUUGAUGUUUUGUGAAAUGGUAGUGUUUUUAUUUCUUGAAUGGUAGUUUUCGUGUAAUGGUAUAAAUUUAUUUCUGCAAUGGUAGUUUUCGUGCAAUGGUAUAGAUUUAUUUCUGCAAUGGUAUUGAUAUUUUUCAAAGUGGUAGUGUUUGUCUAAUGGAUUGGUACUGAUUUUUUUUUUUUUUUUUUUUUUUGCAGAAAGAUUGUGAAAGAUAUGGAAAGGAAAUCUGGCUGGAGAUUACGGAAGUGAGAGAAAGAGAGAAUUUUAAUUAAUAGAUUUUUGUAACUACC